AUGUCAAAACUUUUUGCUGACAAAUUAAACAAAUUUAUUGAAAAACUAUCCAAUCUUUAUUUUUCUGAUAUUAAUGGUGGAAAAAAACGAUCACUAGGAAUUAUUAAUAAUAUUCCUCUUCAAUUAUCUGAUACUAUCAUUCCUAUUGAUGUGGAAGUAAAUGAUGCUCAAAGUUAUGCUAUAAUUGCUGGAGUCAAUUGGCUUAACAAAGUGCAAGGUAUUAUUGAUUUAAAAAGAGGACAAUUUAGAUUUACUUGGGAUAACAAAUCUUAUAUUUUACCUAUUACAUGUUGGGAAAAGCCACAAAAUAACAAUAGUGAGCCUAUCCCUUUAAAAAACUCUUCUGAGUCUAAUGACUUAAAUAAUCAAACUUCAUCUGCUGAAACUAAUUCUAGUGAAAUUAGUGAGGAUGAAUAUGAAUCAUCUGAUGAUGAAUAUAAGGAAUCUAAAGAAUUUUUAGAUCUCGAGGAAACAAAUCUUUCUCCUAUAAAUAAUUUACAACUACAGCAAUUUUUAACCGAAAAUGACCAUAUGUUUUCUAAAGGAAUGAAUAAUCUAGGCAAAACAACCAUUGACCAACAUCAAAUUAUAACUGAAAAUGUCCCACCUAUUUAUCAAAGGGCCUACCAUAUAUCUCCAGCUGAACAUGAAUUUAUCCAACAGGAACUCUCUUUGAUGCUUGAAAAUAAACUUAUAUCUCCAUCGAAAAGUCUAUGGGCCUCUCCUGUUGUUUUGGUAAAAAAGAAAAAUGGUAAACUUAGGCUCU